AUGGUUAUUAUAAAAUUUUCGGUUCUGUUAAUUUUUACUAUUUUCACGACAACUCUCUCAUUAUAUAUUAGUGAAGAAAACGAAGAUGAUAGCAAUCAUUUAGGCGCAAUAUCUUCAUUCAUGUUACGAAAAGAAAAUGUUUCCUUCAUGGUUAAAGUUUUUGGAGAUAAAAGAUCUUGGUUAGGAUAUGGCAUUGCAAUCGGAAGCAGACAAGUAUUAAUAUCAAGCGAUAUUUUAAAUGAAUAUCUAAUUAAAUCCGCAACAAUAACAGUUAAAAUCGACUAUCAGCAUUACAAAGUAGAAAAUUUUCUCAAAAGCGAUAUUUUGUUUAAUGAAGAACAACUCACCAUAUUAGAAUUGGAACAAGAAAUGCCAGAAACGGUCGAAAUAAUUCCCUUAAUUUCAGAAGAAGAAUUAGAAGAAGCGAUAACAGAUAAAAUUGAAGCAACCAUUAUAGGUUUUUCGAACAUUCAUGAGCCGUCUACUCCAAAAGUAACACUUCUACCGGGAGAAGAGUGUAUCAAUGAUUAUAUUCUGUACUUUGAUACUCCUUCGAUAUUAGACAUAUUCAAUUCUACUCAACAUUUCUGUUUCUUUCCAAUGAAAGAAGUUUUAUUGACACAAUUAUAUGGAAGCACGUUGAUAAUAAAUGAAAAAUUGGCUGGUAUUAAACUUCGCAAUCAGCAUCCGUAUAAUACCCUAUACUCAAAAAUUACAAGUUUCAGUAGGUUUUUCAAUAGCACUGCACCUGAUGAUACAACGACUAAAAAAAGUUCAACUUCUCAAAAUACAGUAACUGAAGAAAGUACUACAACACCUGAAGUUACUAAAACUGAAGAUACAACUAGAGAAAAAAUUACAACUCCUGAAAAUACAGAAACCGAAGAAAGUACUACAACACCUGAUGUUACUACAACUGAAGAUACUACGACGGAUAAAAUUACAAGUCCUGAAAAUACCAUAACUCAAGACAGUACUACAACACCUGAAGUAACUACAACUGAAGAUACUAUGACCGAAAAAAUUACAACUCCUGAAAAUACAGAAACUGAAGAAAGUACUACAACACCUGAAGUAACUACAACUGAAGAUACUGUGACCGAAAAAAUUACAACUCCUGAAAAUACAGAAACCGAAGAAAGUACUACAACACCUGAAGUAACUACAACUGAAGAUACUACGACCGAAAAAAUUACAACUCCUGAAAAUACCAUAACCCAAGACAGUACUACAAUACCUGAAGUGACUACAACUGAAGAUACUGUGACCGAAAAAAUUAUAACUCCUGAAAAUCCAGAAACUGAAGAAAGUACUACAACAUCUGAAGUGACUACGACUGAAGAUACAACGACCGAAAAAAGUUCUACUCCUGAAAAUACAGUAACUGAAGAAAGUACUUUUGAAAGCUCAAAAUAUGAAAUAAGUACAGAAACUGAAUAUACGAAAUCAGCAAAAAAUAUGACUUGUGAAACAUCUGGUGGAACUAAAUCAGAAUCAAUGUCUACUAAAGUUACUACUCCACUUACACCUAUAGAAUCUAAGGAAAUGUUUGAAGAAAAUACAACGCUUGAACCAACAGAUACCAAAAAUUCAACGAAUGGAAGUAAAUUUGAAAGGCCUCUAACGGUCAUCCGAUUAAUUGUACGAGUUCUGCAAAAUAUAAGAAAAUAUCUGCAAGGCAAAUUAAUAACACUUUGUUCGUCAAUAUUUCUCAGGAUUAUAAACUUCUUUAAGUUUUUAAUAAAAGUCCUAACUUCAAUGUUUUGA